GUGCGCGCGGGCGUGCAGUAGCCUACUCAGAUCCUGCUCGAGAACAUACGCCUGACAAGGCUUUCAGUAAAGUAGGCUGUUAGACAAAUCAAUUAAAGCUAUAUUUUUACACUACUGCUGUUUAUUUCUGCGAGGUUAUGGGCAAGGCACCACUGUGAGGGACUGUUGAGCAGUAACGUUAGGACUUGUCGUUUUAUCAUUAUUUACUGAAAUAAUGAUGAAAAAGGAUAUUCACUCGAGCCUGACAGACGAGGCAAACCUCAAACCGCAUCUGCGCGACGCCGAGACCAUCCUAGGCUCUCCGGACCUGGGGCUGCUUAAACUGGCCUCCCCGGAGCUGGAGAGGCUUAUCAUCCAGUCCAACGGUAUGGUCACUACAACGCCAACAAGCCCCCAGUUCCUCUACCCGAAGACGAUAACGGACGAGCAGGAGUUCGCUGAGGGCUUUGUGAAGGCUUUGGAGGACUUGCACAAGCAGAACCAGCUGAACGGAGCCGGGCAGACGAACGGCAGCCUGGAUCUGGGCGCUAACAUCGCCCCGGUCACCAUCCAGCCGGACCUACCGGUGUAUACGAACUUGAACAGUUACGGUAUCGGGCCAAUGGAAACCACUGUCAACUACUCCACGGACACAGUCCCUUUCCCGCCUCCUCCUUCGCAUCAUUUGGGGGCAGCCCCGCCGGAGCUGUCUCGGGUCCAGCCACCGAAGGAGGAGCCUCAGACGGUGCCCGACGUUCAGAGCUUCGGGGAGAGCCCGCCGCUGUCUCCCAUCGACAAUGACUCACAGGAGAACAUGAAAGCCGAGAGGAAGAGGCUCAGGAACCGGAUUGCAGCCUCCAAGUGUCGGAUGCGCAAACUGGAGCGGAUCUCGAGGCUGGAGGACAAGGUCAAAUCACUGAAAAGCCACAACACCGAUCUGGCCUCGACGGCUAGCCUGCUAAGGGAUCAAGUGGCGCAGCUGAAACAGAGAGUCCUCAACCAUGUCAACAGCGGCUGCCAGCUGCUACCACACGAAGUGCAGGUGCACUAGUCGGAAGGACAGACCUGCUCUUGGGCUACCGACCAGCAUAUAAGCUUCAUGGACUUUCUUAAUGUUGGUAUUUCUGUAUGUAUUGCGUAGCCCCGAUGUGUGCCGUUCCCAGUGAAAAUAAUGCAGGCCACGUAGGCCAAAUGUAUUAUUAAUUGGUUGAUGGUUUUGAGCAUCGGCUAUAUGUAAA